AUGGAAAGCCAGGAACGCGGCUACGUCGUUCUCCUCACCUACCUCAACCGUCCGAGCAGCAACACCCCUCCUCUCCCGACCAUCCAGGGCCUCGCCGCCCACUACCUCGCCCACCUCCAACCCUCUCCCACCCCUCUCGCCGCCGCCCUCGUCAGCAGCGCGCUCUUCCGCCCCUUCUCGCACGCGAAGCUUACUGCACUCACCACCGCAUUGCGACAUGCCGUCCACCUCAAAUUCAAAGCACUCGACGCGGAGCCGAGCACUCUCUUUACACCUGGCGUAGGCACGCGGCUCCGCAGAUGGGCGACGGCAAUCAUCCGGGGCUUCGAGGGCGGCCACGCUAUCGUGCGGCUCGCGUGCUGUAGUGGGCUCUUGCUCGGGCUCGAGGACGUGCACAAGCGGCUGCCUCCCAAGCAGCGGGACGUCAAAGCGCGCGCGGAGGAUGAGCUGGUUAUGAUCGUAGCGGACGUGAUUGACGUCUUCUAUUCGGCCGAUCCCUGGGGGCGGGAGUUUCAACCUGACACCGAGGCUGGCGAAGUUGACGCUAGGUCAUUAUGUACACUCGUAAUGGCCCAAGGAUUAUUGCUCGUGCCUGCAGAGAAGUUUGCUGCGUUACCUUUACCUUCACUCCUCCAUUUCUCCGCCAUGACAAUUGACAAUGCCUUUCAAUCCGGCACAUUCCUCUCGUCACUCCCUUCCUCGGCUCUGCGCACGCCUGAAGGUCGACUAUUCAUUUCAUCAUCAGCCCCCGUUUCUGAGUCACUGAGGAAACUCGCCGCCUCCCCUGUAAUAUCAUCCAUGGGCUCCCUAUCGAAACUAUGUGCGACCACGCUGGCACAUCUUAUCGAUCGUCGUGAGAACCUUGCCCUGCCCCAAGUCCUACAAACGUUCGAAGCAUUACGUGAAUUAUGCGCCCGAGUGGAAUCGGACUGGCGAGCCAGCGCUCUCUCAGAAAUAUCUAGCGAGGACGACAUCGCCCCUGAAACCCGAGAGCUAACCAGCGCGAUAUGGUCGCUCCUCAAGAUACUUCUCUUCACCACGAUCAUGGUAACGGAAGCCGGCCUGUCCGCAGUCGUGUAUCUAUCCCCUGACACAGCAAACGCCCCACGGGGUUCCCCCAGAGAAUCACCGGACUCGACGCCGUGGCCUCGUUCAACAUCGGGCGUGACAUCGCCUACGCUCGCACUGAGCACACUGCAUACCCUUUCUCAUCUAUCUUUUGUAAUCUCACAGUUCGGUGGCGCCGGUCAGGGUGCAUUCUCUGAACUGAAGCGAGAAUUCUAUCUUGCGCUGGACAUUCUAUCGGCGGACAAGCAGGAGAGCGAACGGUUUGUGGAGGAGCUGUGCAGACCCUUCCUGUCACAAAGCCCAGGUGAGGUGUCUACCAGCAUCAAAUUAGCCAACAGCAACACCGUCCUAAAUCAAGCCCAGAAAGCUUACGUCCUCUCGAGCGUGGAGCAGCUUCUACCCGUCCUGAGUACACGCACGAUCCGCGAAACCGUCUUCCCCCUCUGCUACCCACACCUGUCUGACCCGGGACACCGUGAGACGUACGAGUCUGCACACAGUGUCGUCCUCGGCAUCUUCGCUUCGCACGCAGAUAAAGUCGAGCAACUCGAAGCCGACGGUACUCACGACGGCGUAGCGGAGUCCGGCAACCAGGGGGCAGCGGGCUUUACGGACCGCAUCGUCCCCUUUUACACGGAGUGUCUCAUUGAGAACUCGGAGGAGGGCAAACUCAGCACGCCGCAGCUCCGGCUCGCGUUCUCCGCGCUCGUGCGUGGCGCAGCGAAGAGCGUCGACACCGCGCUCGCGUGGUUCCCGCUUGCGGCUGUGCUCCGUGCGGCAUCCGCGCCGGGUGUGGACACGGAACGCGUGCACCGUCUCCAUCUCGCGCUCGUGUCGAGCAUACCGUCGCUUCCGCUGCGGGUGCUGCCGCGCGCGCUGGAUGCCAUCGCAGGCGUCAUCGACGGCCUGCCGCGGGAGGCGUACCAGCGCAAGGAGCUCAUCGACGCGGUGUUUGACGAGAUUAUGGAGCGCGUCGGGGAUAGAGAGAAGGAGUUCGCGCUCGGCUGGUGGGGAGAACAGCGCGAGAAGUGGGUCAGGGGCGAGUCGGAUACGAGUGGGUUGUAUGAGAAGGCGACAGAGGCGGGGAAGCGCUGGUGGGGCAGUUGGAGGGAUGGUCGCCAGGAGGCUGCUGCGGGCAGUAUAUCUUCGCGGUUGUGAUGUAGCCUCUUGUCCUCAUUGGCCAUUAAGUAUGUGCCACCGACGGUUUAUCCUACUCAACGCCCAACUGCGGGU